UUAAAGUAUACUAACAAUUUGAAAUUGCACAUUCACGCGCUAUUCACACACUGCGCUUAGAGCACUUUGAAGUUUGAAGCGAUCCAAGAAAAUGGAGAAUGAGUACAAUGAAUCAACCGAAGGACUUGUGAAACUAUUCAGAAACGCAAAUCAAGAACUUGAUAUACUUCACAAGCGUCUCCAAAAAGAGUUUCAACACCUUUACCCUGACAACGCAAAUCCUAUGAAGCUUGCGUCUAGGAUAAAAAAGGUACAGGAAGACGUUUCAUCUUUGAAGGAAGAAUGCCCCAAGCUUCUUGCUGCUAAGCAGGAUUUGAUUGAUAAAGCUCAGAGAGGUCUGGUUGAGAGUAGAAAUUUAUUGAAGUGUAUGCAAUCAUCUGUUGGCAUCCCCUUUACCGGUGAAGAUGAGGAUGCAUUCGCUAACUUCAAACAGGUGAUUGAUGAAUGGACAGAUCAAACAAGAUCAAAAACAGGAAAUGAACCUCAUGAUUCAGAUUCUGGUGAUCUCAACAGACUACUCUUCUCCGCCAUAGUUCACAGUGAUUGAACUGCUAUACCAGACAACCAAAAAAUCAUGUAUGUUGUCAUUUAAAUUCAGUUCCUCGGUCAACAUAUAGACACUGUAUACUUUUAAUUUAAUACAACAACAAGUAAGCCUUAUCCUAUUAGGUGGGGUCGGCUGGAUAGAUCAAGUUUUGUCAUAAUGUCCUGUCAAGAACCAUGUUUCUAUCCAAAUCAUUAUUUUCGAGAUCUCUUUUAAUAACUUCUCUUAUAAUC